CUGAUUUUGACGAGUUUUGCAAUUCCCCCCCUCCAAAAUUCCCCAAAGCGCAUUUAUAAACCUCUCCGCUUCUUUCAUCGGUUUCAUUUGCGCCUUUCCUUCUCCUUUCUUUCUUCCUCUUCUUCGAGAUCUAGGGUUAGGGUUUUUUUGGGAUGGGGCAGCAGAAGUUGAUCUACAGCUUCGUGGCUCGAGGGACGGCGAUCCUCGCGGAGUUCACCGAGUUCAGCGGGAACUUCACCGGCGUCGCGUCUCAGUGCCUCCAGAAGCUCCCCGCCACCAGCAACAAGUUCACCUACAACUGCGACGGCCACACCUUCAACUACCUCGUCGACGACGGGUUCACUUAUUGUGUUGUUGCAGUUGAAGCUGCUGGCAGACAACUUCCAAUUGCUUUCCUUGAGAGAGUUAAGGAAGAUUUCAUCAAAAGAUAUGGGAACAGCCUCAACCGGGAGUUUGGGUCAAAAUUGAAAGAACAUAUGCAGUAUUGUGUGGACCACCCUGAGGAGAUUAGCAAGCUUGCAAAGGUGAAGGCUCAGGUUACUGAAGUCAAAGGAGUGAUGAUGGAAAAUAUUGAGAAGGUUCUUGAUCGCGGGGAGAAAAUUGAGAUCCUUGUUGACAAAACAGAGAACCUCCGCUCUCAGGCACAAGACUUCAGACAGCAGGGAACGACGAUGAGGAGGAAGAUGUGGUUCCAGAACAUGAAGAUAAAACUUAUCGUGUUGGGCAUCAUCAUCGCUCUAAUCCUCAUCAUUAUCUUAUCGGUUUGCCAUGGCUUCAAAUGCACAUAAGCUGCUGCUGCUGCUGCUCCUCCUCUCAAGAUCGCGAUAUGUGAU